UCCCUCGUCAACUUCUGUAAGGGUGUGCCAGUAGUGUAGAAGGAAACUUGAUAUAAUGUCUCAGCCUCUGAAUUUAUUCGAUGAACAUUCUAAGAAUAAUAGUCAAAACAGCAAAACAGGAAAAUAUUAAUAUUUUGUUCACACACAUGCAAAAAAAAUCACCCCCCCCCCUCCUCAAAAAAUAUCUCCAAGGAAUACCUUUUAUUUUGGCUGCUUGCAAUAUUCUUAAAAUAAUCACUCUAUAUGUAGUCAGCUUUUGUUAUUCUGAUUCUUUUAUUACCACUAGAAGUAGCUAAAAAGCCAUAAUUAUUCAAAACCUGGGUGAAACUCUCAGACAGUAUUUGGCAUUGAACAUGUUAAUAAUUAUGAACGAUUGACACGACAAGGCCCCACCCUGGGAGGGAGUUGUCUCCGACGGCUACAUGCGUAUGUCCAGGUAAGCAGCUAAAAGAUCUAAUAUGAAUGCUACCUGACAAGUCGAGUAGGAAACAACACGUGAGAUGAUCUGGAGAGAAAACAAUGCAAGAGUGUCUCUUGGCAACUUGUCAGUGGUCAGUGAGGGUGUUCAAAGAUCAGGGCACUAAAGCAGACUGAGAAGUUGUCUACUAUGCUGGGUAAAGGGCAGACACUUGUGUGCUGAGGAUUAGUGCUUGAGCACAUCUAAAGCAGCAGGAAAGGGGUGGAGAGGAAUUAACAGGACUUCCACUGAUCACUGCGAAAAUCCUUUCUCAGACAGUCUCUGAAACUCUUGGACAUGUUUACAGAUGUGAAUUGUGGUUGAACAAGCAGCGGUGACAAAAUCAGAAUCAGACAUUUGGGUUACUUUUGGACUAUCUGGAUCUAAACAAGAUGAUGCGAUAUAAAACAGCUUCCACUGUCACAACAACCUCAGAGACUACCCAGAAAUCAGGGAACAUUUGUCGGCUACGUCUAACAUUACCUGUCGAUGGGGCCUCAAAAACAGAACAGAAAGAUCUGAAGAAAGAAAAUCAAUUGCAUGUGGACUCCAGACAAACAGCUGUGAGAGGAAGAAAAAAGAAUGGCUUUAUUUCUGAGAGCAAUGCAUCAGAGCCGCCAACUCUUCACCUCUAUUCUGUACCCAAAGGCAAUCCCCCAUCUGGAACAAGUUCUCAUGGAGUAGUUUAUGGAGUUGUGCAGAGGACUGAAAACAACCAUCAAAAUGAGGUUGUUGUCUAUGAAUGGUCUUCCCAUCAAUUGAAAGAAGAAAUGAAUUACAUUAAAGAUGUAAGAGUGACCUUGGAAAAGAUAAGAGAGAGAAUGUUUGGAGAAUAUGAUGAUAUGAAAGAGAAAAUUAAACAUCUUACUCAGGAAAUGAAGGUUUCAUCAGCACAACAAGAAGUUUUGGAGAACCACUCCCAGGCACAAGCUUCUGCUAUUGACAGUCUUGGAGAUAUCAAUAGUUCUCUAAAUGAUUCAUCAAUAGAAAUACAGAAAACACUAGUAGACAUGACUCUGGAAAACUGCAACAUUAAAGAUGAAGUGAAGAAUCUGAAACACUCAUACAACGAGUCCAUAGAAAAAUUGAAAGAGAAGCAGCGUUUGUUGGAAUCGGCACAAGCUGAAAACCAGUUGUUAAAAGUUAAGAUAGAAUCCUCUCAGGAAGCUAAUGCUAAUGUCAUCAGAGAGAUGACACGAAAGCUAUACAGCCAGUAUGAGCAAAAACUACUGGAGGAUGAGAAGAUAUAUAUCACAGAAAAAGAAACCAUGAUUCUUCAAACACAACAGUACUUCAAAGCCAUUGAAGAUGCCAGUGAGAAAGUUAGAAUUGCAGAAGCAAAAAUUGAAGAACGAGAUGCAAAAAUUGUAGAACUUGAUAAACUAGUUCAAAGAAUGCAUCAGGAACGAGAACAACUUCAGGUACAGCUAACAGGACAUGAGGAACGAAUUCAAAGACUUGAUCAAAAGAUGGAGAUAACAGAGUCAGAACGGGCAAGGACACAAAAUUUAGAAGAAGCUGCAACCAGUUUACGGGAGCGAAUUAAGCACCUAGAUGACAUGGUUCACUGCCAACAGAAGAAAGUAAAGCAUAUGAUUGAAGAGAUUGAACUCUUAAGGAAAAAGGUCCACUACAAGGAUUUACUUAUUCAACAGCUUCUAGAAAGAAUAGCCAUAUUGGAAGGAGAGAAUAAUGAAUUACAAGACAAAAUGGAAUACCUGAUGGCAAAUCAACCAAAGGAAACCCCGGAAACCAAAGAUGCUUCAACUUCCUGUGAGCCUCCACAAAUGGAAACAGUGCAGCCCCAACAACCACGGAUAGUACUGGCAAUUACUCAGUCCAGUAAGAAACUAUAUAACUACAAUCCAGAGGUAGGCAGUUUUCCAUCGGAUUCACCUGCAAGUAAUAACACUACUGAGACUGAUGGCUGUCAAGCACCUGCCGUAGAACCUGACUCUAGAGGACGUCCUCAAAGAUCCUACACCCCAUACAUGAGAGUCCUAGAGUUAAGUACGAAAAAUUAAGUCUCCUUAGUCCAGGAUCACUUAACAGAAGAAACAUUCCACAGAAAAUCUUUUCACUUCUACAUACAGACUUAAGUGUUGUUUUACCACAAACAAC